CCUACUGAGUGCUGGGAUUUAUAGGUGUGCACUACCAAACCCGGCUUGCUGGUUUGUGUUUGAAUUAAUUGAUUUCAUCCAUUUUCAAGCUUUAGUAUACAAAGAGCCUGUUAAAAAACUCACAUUUCUGAGCCUAUCUUCUCCAGUCUCAGCAGCCAUGGAAACAUUUUGACAAAGUACCAGGUGAUUUUGGUGCUAUGUAUUUUACAUUUCUUUUGGUGAUGAAAAUAAAUUUAAAGUUGGGGAGUUUUUUCUCCUUUUGUUUAGGCUUCUAGGUGCUUUUACAUUUUAGUGGCACACUGCCAUUGAGCAGUUCACUACAGAUGUAGUAGUUGGCUUGUGACAGUGUUCCUGUCAGAAUCCCCACCAGGGCUCGGUAAGAUGGUUCUGAUGCAGCAGAUCUGAGAUGGGACCGAACAUUUGUAUUUCUCACAGGUUACCAGGUGACGGCUGAUGCACCUGAUCCAGGGACCACACUUGGCGAUUGGUUGGUUAAGGAUCACAUAUCAGUUCUAACUUCCCUCUGGGCAGCUUGAGAUGCACAGCAUAUGAAUGGAAGAGCAGAGUCAUACCUUUAGCCUCCAGACCCAUGCCAUGCACAGGCUUUGCGAUGUCUGAGAGGUGUGAUUGCCUACAUCAGCUCUUCCAGCUCAGCCUCCAGCCCCGCCUCUUGUCACAGCGAGGGCUCAGAGAAUAGUUUCCAGUCUUCCUCUUCUGUUCCAUCUUCUCCAAACAGUGCUAAUUCCGAUGCCAAUGGGAAUCCCAAGAAUGGUGAUCUCUCCAGCAUUGAAGGCAUCCUGAAGAACGAUCGAAUAGAUUGUUCUAUGAAAACAAGCAAAUCAAGUGCUCCCAGCAUAACAAAGAGUCACAGUGGUGUGACAAAGUUUAGUGGCAUGGUUCUACUGUGUAAAGUCUGUGGGGAUGUGGCGUCAGGAUUCCACUAUGGAGUUCAUGCUUGUGAAGGCUGUAAGGGUUUUUUUCGGAGAAGUAUUCAGCAAAACAUCCAAUACAAGAAGUGCCUGAAGAACGAGAACUGUUCUAUCAUGAGAAUGAAUAGGAACCGAUGUCAGCAGUGUCGCUUCAAGAAGUGUCUGUCUGUGGGAAUGUCAAGAGAUGCUGUUCGGUUUGGCCGUAUUCCUAAGCGUGAAAAACAGAGGAUGCUAAUUGAAAUGCAGAGUGCGAUGAAGACCAUGAUGAACAGCCAAUUCAGCGGUCACUUGCAGAAUGAUGCCUCAGCAGAGCAUCAUGAACAGACAGCCUUAGCAGCCCAGGACCAGCUGCGACCCAAGCCCCAGCUGGAGCAAGAAAACAUCAAGAGCUCUCCUCCCCCCUGUGAUUUUGCAAAGGAAGAAGUGAUUGGCAUGGUGACCAGAGCCCACAAGGAUACCUUUAUGUACAAUCAAGAGCCACGAGAAAACCCAGCUGAGGGCAUGCAGCCCCAGAGAGGAGAGCGGAUUCCCAAGAACAUGGAGCAGUAUAAUUUAAACCAUGACCAUUGUGGCAGUGGGCUUAACAGCCACUUCCCCUGUAGUGAGGGCCAGCAACACCUCAACGGACAGUAUAAAGGGAGGAACAUAAUGCAUUACCCAAAUGGGCAUGCCAUUUGUAUUGCAAAUGGACAUUGUAUGAACUUCUCCAAUGCUUAUACUCAAAGAGUAUGUGAUAGAGUUCCAAUAGAUGGAUUUUCUCAGAAUGAGAACAAGAAUAACUACAUGUGCAACACUGGAGGGAGGAUGCAUCUGGUCUGUCCAAUGAGUAAGUCUCCAUAUGUGGACCCACAUAAGUCGGGGCAUGAAAUCUGGGAGGAGUUCUCUCUGAGCUUCACCCCAGCUGUGAAGGAGGUGGUAGAGUUUGCCAAGCGCAUUCCAGGCUUCCGAGACCUCUCUCAGCACGACCAGGUCAACCUGCUAAAGGCUGGGACUUUCGAGGUUUUAAUGGUACGGUUUGCAUCUUUAUUUGACGCAAAGGAGCGCACCGUCACCUUUUUAAGUGGGAAGAAGUACAGUGUGGAUGACUUACACUCCAUGGGCGCAGGGGAUCUGCUGAACUCCAUGUUCGAGUUUAGCGAGAAGCUCAAUGCCCUCCAGCUCAGUGAUGAGGAGAUGAGUUUGUUCACCGCAGUAGUCCUGGUAUCUGCAGAUCGGUCUGGAAUUGAAAAUGUCAACUCUGUGGAGGCUUUGCAAGAAACUCUCAUUCGCGCACUAAGGACCUUAAUAAUGAAAAACCACCCAAACGAGGCCUCAAUUUUUACAAAACUACUUCUAAAGUUGCCAGAUCUUCGAUCUUUAAACAACAUGCACUCUGAGGAGCUCCUGGCCUUUAAAGUUCACCCUUAAGGCCUUUGCUUAUUUGAACAUGAACUGAUGCUAACUGUACAUUUUGUGCUAAAAUGCUUAUUUAUAUGUGUAUAGUGUAUGUGGAGGUAGAAAAGACCUUUAAGACAAUACCAGACUGUAGACUGUCUCUAUAAUCAUGCAUUAGUUGUGUGGAUCAAGAACUCUACAGCCGUGGUUAGAUGUUGACCACACUCCCCAGUAGACCAAGCAGCUGUGUUGCACUUAGACUGGAGAAGUCACACUGAAUUAUAAUCACACUGAAUGUCAGACUUUUUCAUCUGCCAAAACCAAACACCAUUUUGAUCUCCCUGUGGUAUAAAUAUAAUGCACAGUCACAAGUACAGGAGGACUUAGAAAUUAAUACUUUUUGGUGGAAUUUCUGUUGAAUGAUGGAAAUCUUGGUAUCACCAGGAAACAGUGAGAUCUGGUAAUCGGAGGUGUUGGGAUCUGGGAGAUCUCAGUGUUUGCAUUUUGCUCUGCCACUGUCGAGGUGUAUGAUUGUGGACAGUGAGUUGGUUGUGAUAGUGUCCCCAAAGGCCCACCUCACAGAGAUACUAAAAAAUGUCCAUAAAGCAUAUUUACCAUAGGCACUAUGUAAAUAAGGUAAAUUUUGUUAAUUACUCAUAGUAGCAUUCUUUUCUUAUUUCUAAGCAUUUCUAGGAAAACAUUUCAUAGUCCAUACCAAUCUCUUAUUCAGGGUUCCAAGUUCAUGGGUCUGUCAGCUGCACAGUAUUUGUACAUAGUACGUAUGUGAAUACAGCUAUACAUAAAUAUAUUUCUUCACAAUAUUUUAAACUGUGAAGAACUUACACAAUAAACUUAAAAUGGGGUAUUCAAAAGACCCAAAUUAGGUGCAUUUUACCUGUUGGUGAUGAUGUAAUCAUUGCUUUAAAAUGUUUAGGCAGUAGAAUAUGAAUUUAUGCUCUAGUUUUGUUUAUUUAAGCAACACUUACUGUAAAAGUGCAACAGGCAGUAAAGUCCAAAUUUCAAACAAUGUUUAAGAGUUCAUCCUUGGUAAGAUCUUUGGUUCAGGAUACUGGUGUUUUAAAGGCUCAUUCAGAUCCUUACCUUGAGCUAAGAAAGGUUGUGUAGCUGCCCGUUAUACAAGUGCUGCAACUUGAUGAUAAGGAAUUUUAAUUUGUAGAAUUUGUUCAUGACUGUUGGCACGUGUGCAUACACAGGGCUGUGCACGUGUGUAUAUUCUGAGUCCACUUUUCCCCUAGAUAACACUACAGGGAUUUUGUCAAAUUAGAUUUAAUCUAUAAUUUGAAAAAUCAUUUAGUGUGUGACCUACAGGCUUAAAAAUGUAAUAGCCGAAGACCUCAUCCAUGUGUCUAAUAGUAUGCCUUAUUAAAUAGAUAAGAUCAGCGUCCAUUUAUGGCAGUAGGUAGGAGAAAGAGCCAAAGUUGAGGGUUUUGUGUACCUUUUCCUGCUUCACUGGAAACCAGAAGUUAAUUGGAUUUUCUGGUAAAGAUCUAGUUCUAUAUAAUGUUUGGAUUAUAUAAAGCUGCAGAAACACUAAGAUCUGCUUUAAUAUACUAAGCCUGUUACUUUCAUGACAUGAGCAGAAUGCCUUAUUUUGUACUCUUGUUUUAACUUGUUGCUACUGGGAUUUGAAUUUCUGUGGUACUUGCUAAAUUGAAAAAGAGGAAAGGUGAUUAUGAGGUCUGUGAUACAACAUAACCGUAAUUGUGAAUUACCUUAAGUAGGUAUGACUUUUAUGGGAUUAUACAGUUAUAGUUUUUGUGAAUUCUUUACAUGAUAGCAUUAUCUUUUUGUAAUUUUUUCCUGAUAACAAAUGCAUAGUUUUCUUCAAUUGCAAAUAGAAAUGGCUUUCUGAAGUAAUACUGAAAACCUCAAACAUGGUGUUGAUUCUUAAUUUUUGCCUUUUGUCUAAGCGUCUUUAUAAUAUGUAUCUUUAAAACAGUUACAUCUUUAGGAAUAUGUAACCAGAACUAUGUUAGUAUUGCUUAUUAAACUUUAGUUAGGUUCAGUAUAUACAUGUAUACAUCCAUAUAUAGGCAUAAUAGGUUUGCAUAUUGUCUUGUUUGCAUAUUAUUUUAUUUGAAUAAAUUCUUCCUGUAGGUGAUGGGAAAGAAAAUUAGUAGUUUAUAUGCCACUCAUAGUAUUUCUGUAUUUGAAAAUAGCCCAAAUAUGAAACUUCUAAUUCUAAAAUUAAACUAGCAGCCUAUUACAAGCACAUUCUUUGAUUGAGUUGUGGUUACAAAGGCAAAGAAGACCACCAGAUUCUGAGUUGGCGAGACACUGUUGAUUAACUCAUAAUGUACUGUAUGAAUUAAGUGAUGCUUUAACUCUGACUUUACAUUUUAAAGUUAAAAUAUGGGCAUUAUGUCAGCAAACUUAAGGGCAUUAUGUCAGGAAGCUAAAACAUUUUUUUUUUUUCCUGUGCUUUUAAUGUAUCUCUUUAGUGACCCGAGAGAGUAUUCCAGCUUUCAGAGAGAUAGCUGAGGGUAAGGAGAAGCAUCUGGAAAUGGAUCUUAUCCUUGUGGUGAUGGUUUAAUUACAGAUUAAAAAAUUAAAAGGAAAUUUCAGUGGAUUAAAGUACGUAGCUUUCAUAUCUACAUUUCAAGAAAUUACAUUGCAACUCAGUAAGAGAUGAUUUAUUUUAUGUAAACAUCAUUGCAAAGCCAGGUGUAGAAGCUCAGCUAGAUUUAUUACUGUGCACGAGAGAAAAUACGUAUCUCAACUGUUCUUUUGCUUUUUUCCAGUAUAAAGUUUGCUGAAUGUACAAGAAAAGUUUAUCACUUAGGACAUAGAUUUUUUUUUUAGGGGCUGGGGGGAGGGGCUCUGUGAAGUUGUUACCUAUAAACAAGAUGGUCUUGAUUUGAUCCAAAAAUUAAAACUUGAACCCAUUCUUGAACUAACAUGGAAAACUAAAAUGGCUAUUGUUUAAAAAAAUGAUAGAAAUAUAUUGCUAACAGGAUAUUAAUUAAGCUUAUUUCCUAUAAACUGUAAUUGAUGAUGACAUGGAUAAUAUCUUCAUGUUUCUGAGAAGUUAUCUAUACAUGGGGGAAGGGGAUAAUAAAUAUUAUUUCUGACGAAGAGUGGAGUUUGGUGUCUUAUCUACCUUGAGGUUUUUCUAACACCAUUUAUAAUUUAGUUUCAUUUACUACAGGUCAUCUUUCCUCUGAUCACAGCAGGAUGUCUUAUGCACACCUCUGUUUCAGAAUGGACAAACUUUAAUAUGUAGGGCUUUUUUGGGCCAAGUGCUAUAGCUCAUGUCCAUAAUCCCAGCCACUCAGGAGGUAGAGAUCAGGAGGAUUGUGGCCCCGGUAAAAUGUUAGUGAGACCCCAUUUCAGCAAAUAAGGUAGGCUUCAUGGCACAUGCUGUCACCCCAGUUAUAAGGGAGGCAUUUGAUAGAAUUGUGGUCUGAAACUGGCCAGGGCAAAAAAUGUGAGACCC